GUCAGGUCCCUGCAGCUCUGCGGACCUGAUGGAGGACUGGGGUGGUUCUGAACCCGCAUUCAGUCCAGAGAGAGUGUUAUGAGACGGAUCAGAGGGUCCGGAUCAGAGGGUCCGGGUUUAGACACCCCCCCCUCCCCCAAGUUAUCUCUGACGCACCCGAUUCACACGAUCCUGUUCCUUUGAUUGGCAGAGAGUAUCAGCCAAUGAGCUGGCGGCUUAGGGGGGCGGGACUCUAGCUCUGAACCAAUCGGUACCGCCCGUAUUGUUUUGACCUCUGAAAGCUAAGCCCCGCCCCCCUCGUGUCCAUGGCGGGAGGAGGCUAUAAAUACAGGAGGCUCCGCGUCAGGAGGAGACGAACAGGGGAGAACUCCCGGAGAGGAGGGAGGUACCAAGAGAGAGCGGAACCAGGAGAACCACCGACCGGACCGAGAGAGAGAGCAGGAUCGAACCUUUGGACUGGACUUUUUUUAUACCGCAGACCCUGAAGAAACGAAAGAUUUCUACUUUAGUUCUUUUCUAUUUGCACUAAGAGACGAAGAGAGAGAGAGAAACAGAGAGAGAGAGCUUUAUUUUUACACUGUAAGUAUGUCUCCUCACAUGUCUCCUCUAUCCUUAUCUUUCUCUUCUUCCUUCUCUCUCCUGUCCCCUCGCAUGUGUCCUCUCUCCUUCCUUUCCUCUUUCCUUCCCUUUCUCUCCUUCCUUCUCUCUCCUUCCCUUUCUCUCCUGUCCCCUCGCAUGUCUCCUUUCUCCUUUCCUCUCUCCUUUCCUCUCUAUAAGCUGAUUUGCUGCGUCAGUCCUCUAAGUUAGGGAGGGGUGUGUGUGUGUGCGCGCGCGUGCACGUGACAGAGAUAGUGAGUGUGAAGGCGCGUGCUUGUGUCACAGUGCGCGUGUCACGUGUCCUUUUAAAAUCCUUUAAAUCAGAAUAAACGACGAUAAUAAUAAAAAUAUUCCUGCUCUGACUCCGGAGGUCUCGGCCUUUCUCGCGUUGUUAAAGCCGACUGUGUCAGAGGCUGCAGGCUGUUCCCUCAGAGAGGUGAGGCCCCCUCUGUUAUGUGUUACACUGAGCGCUACAGGAGCAGUUUUUCCUCAGACCUCCAUUAGGGACGAUAAAUCCACUUUAGUCUGUUUUAAUCCUGAAACACCUUCACUGUCACUAUCAGGUGAUUUUUACCUGAAAUAAUAAACCCAAGAAAGAGUAUUUUCAUCAAAAUAUAUCAAAAUAGGACAAUAGAUGACAAAUUAAAGUAGUUUUCUUUGAUUUUAAACUGUGUAAUGUCUAAAAGGAGGGAAAAAAUACAGCAAAAUAAUUGAAAUUAGGCGUUCAUCAACAAAAAAUUCAUAUAAACUGUAAAGUUAGUUUUCUUCUGAGAGUCUUCCCUGGUUCAGACUCAGGGUCUUUAGCACAAUAACAGGAGAGAGAACCAGAAUAUGACAGAUUUGGAGUAAAAAUGACUCCAAUAUUUCACAUCUACAAAUGAAUUCCCUUAAAAGUCACGACUUUGUGAUAGUUAUUCAUCACCAUAACCUAAAUUCAGGGACCACUCUUACUGACCUUAUUCCCUACAUGCAGCUAUCAAAUCCACCCAAACCUACUUUACCCUCGAUCACUAAAAUCAGCCUGUGAACACGAGUCUGUAGGAAAAAGCAGGUUUUGUCUUCAAAGAUAUCAAAGGAUGAUGACAAACACAACAUCAUGCAAAUCACCCGGAGAUCGUCUUCUAGGGUUAAAGGGAUGUGACACGUUCACAGCCUGUCUCCUCUUAAGGCUGAUCACAUUUACGUCUCAUCCCUUUAAGGUGUCGAGAGAGAGAGAGGGACUGAACCUUUAUUUCCUCUGUUGUUUGAAGCAGAUCCUCCUUAGCUCGUGUUUUUUUUUCUGCAUGAAUCCUGCUGUUCCUCCUAAAUAAAGACCGUGUUUCUCGCUCUUAUUCAGCUCGGCGUUCCUCCCCCUGCUGAUCCUCUAUGGAGGAGAUCUGGCAGCUUAUUAUGUAACAGGAUUCCCGAGUCUCAGAGCAGGUUUGAGCGCUCAGUAUCCGCCCUGCUCUGCUCAGUCAGGUCGAAUACACCGAGUUUAGACUCUGAUUGAAAAGGAAAGGGUUCAGUCCAAACUGUGACACACACACACCUGUACCUCAGACACACACACACACCUGUACCUCAGACACACACACACACCUGUUAAUAAUUCAGGAUCACUUCCACUGCUGCAGCGUCGUCGACGUCAGCAGAGCGUCCGUCUGUCUGUCUGUGAGAGGGCGGAUAAGAGCUCAGAGUGUGAGAACCUGAUAGUGUGUUUAAACACGGCGCUGAUGAUGACGGCUGUCUUUGUCUCUGCAGGAAUCACCCGUCUCACCCGUCAUCUGUGGAAGGACAACACUUGGACAUAACCAGCACUUUUGCUUCGGAGCCGUUUUGUUGGACGUUCGCUGACUCGGCCAUCCUCUUCUGGUAACCACGGAGACACAAAGCAGACCCAGCGGACACAGUCAGACACUUCGGACCUUCUCCCACCCAGGAACGUUCAGCAGUCAGCUAUGCAGCUUGAAAUCCAAGUAGCUCUCAACUUCAUCAUCUCCUACCUGUACAACAAGCUGCCGCGGCGGCGGGUCAACAUUUUUGGCGAGGAGCUGGAGAGGCAGCUGAAGCAGAAGUAUGAGGGACACUGGUACCCAGACAAGCCAUACAAGGGUUCAGGAUUCAGGUGCAUCCACGUCGGGGAGAAGGUGGACCCGGUGGUGGAGAAGGCGGCCAAAGAGAGCGGGCUGGACAUCGAGGACGUCCGCAACAACCUCCCCCAGGACCUCAGCGUGUGGAUCGACCCCUUCGAGGUGUCCUAUCAGAUCGGGGAGAAGGGGCCGGUCAAAGUGCUGUACGUGGACGACAGCAACGAGAGCGGCGCCAACGGAGGGGGGCUGGACCUGGACAAGGAGAUCAAGAACAGUUUCAACCCCGACGCGCAGGUCUUCAUGCCCAUCAACGAGCCCGUGAGCGGGGCGUCCCCGGGCUCCAGCUCCCCCUCACCGCCGUUCGGCCACUCGGCGGCCGUCAGCCCCACCUUCAUGCCCCGCUCCACGCAGCCUUUAACCUUCACCACCGCCACUUUCGCCGCCACCAAGUUCGGCUCCACUAAGAUGAAGAGCAGCGGACGCAACAACGCCAACAACGGUGGCGGCAGCGGCGGCGCCGGGAACAAGGCGGCCCGUACCUCUCCCACCAACCUGGGCCUGAAUGUGAACAGUCUCCUGAAACAGAAAGCCAUCUCCACCUCCAUGCACUCUCUGUACGGGCUGGGCCUGGGGGUGCAACCGCCGCCGCCGCAGCAGCAGCACCAGAAGCCCUCCGCCCUCUCCCCCAACGCCAAGGAGUUUGUGUUCCCCAGCCUUCAGGGCGGCCAAGGCGGCGGCCAGAGCGCCCUGUUCUCCGGGGACAGCUCGCUCAGCCUCAGCCCGCUGCAGUACAGCAAUGCCUUCGACGUGUUCGCGGCGUACGGCGGCCUUAACGACAAGUCCCUGAUGGACGGCUUGAAUUUCAGCUUGAACAACAUGCAGUAUUCGAACCAGCAAUUCCAGCCUGUCAUGGCCAACUAGUACGACACCGAAGCUACUUCACAAACGACCAGAGAUAAUGUGAACCGGGGGGGGCGGGGCCUGGGGAGGGGCUCUGAAAAAAUCCACUGAAAAAAAAGUGAAAAAAAAAAAAAACGAAGCGAAUGUCACAAAAGGACAAAAAAAGAGACCGUGGGCCGUCGGGUCCCGGUUCGGGCCCGGGGUGACCCACUCUGGAGUUUUUUGGUACAAGAUGUCCGAGCUUGGUUCUCCAAACAUCAUCAUCGUUUUUCUUUGCCGACCAAGCACAAAACUCUUUAUUUUUUAUGUUGAAGAAGAAGAAGAAGAAUCUAGAACUCUCACAGAACCACGAGUCCCGACCUCUCUCAGUAUUUAAACAGAACUGGACAGCGCCACCUUCUCCCAGAACCAAAGGGGGGAUUUCCUGGUCUUUUUUCUAAUUGUAUAAUUUAAUUUAGUACAGAGUUUGUAAAAUAUCAGAGUAUCUAUUGUUUCUACGACAUGGUAUUGCAUUUCUAUCUUUUUACUACUCCAGUGAUCUGUGAUGGCUGCAGCGACUUUAUGUUUUCUUUUUUACUGAGACGAUCAGACGAUCCAUCUUUCAGAACAUUGACUCUUGGAAAGAAUAUUGUGUACAGAAUAUUCCGUAGUGGUGGGAUUUAAGAAUAUUUGCUUUUUUGAAAAACAUAAGAGUUGUAUUUUCUGUUAAGAGUUUAAAGAUUUUUGCUAUAUUAUGGACAAAAUGUAAUCGUAUAUUAAUUUUGUACCUACAUUGUGCAAUACUUGAUAAAAACAAACGGUAUAACAAAGUCUUUGGAGUCCGUGUCUUACAUGUGCUGCAGAGGGACUGAGA